CGAUUUUCAUAUUUUACUUCUGCUAAAGGCUUUCGUUUGUCCAUGUCUCAUUUAUAUAGUGUUUUGAGUAACUCCAUUAUUUAAAUAUUUUAGAGUAUGUGCAAUUGGCAUUGCUAUUUCAAGGCUUAUUAGGCCAUAUUAGAAAAUAGUGAAGUUUCAGUCAUUAAAGCCUUAACUUAUAAAUUAUAUGCAUAUUCAUCUCUUCAAUGUUUACGCAUUCAUAUUAGUGUUGUGUACUAGUGAACUAUAUUUUGAUAACUAAUUAUUCAACUAAUAACUAUUAGUUGAGCAACUAGCAAUUAUAAGCAAAAGUGAAUAUUUCUUCAAGCAAAGACUAAUUAGACAGACAAACUAAAAAAAACAGACAACCAAUAAGCCGCAGACAAAGGGAGGAAAAUACUUUUAAUACAUAUAAUUACUUAGAUUUAUAUGUAUAUAGUAACGCGGCAAGCACUCAACAACUAAUUAAUAAUUAAAAAGCUGUUGUUAAUUUUGUUAGUAAUUACAUUUGUAGCUUUGCAACUAUCUCAUUAGUGCAGUAUCCAUGGAUAACACUGGUUUAGAUAUAUAAAUUAUUAAUAAUUCCGGUAAAUGUUUAAGUCUUCGUCUGAAGCAUUAUCUCCGCGGAUUCAAACAAGUUUGAAAUAAAAGAUAAUGGCUUGACAGUUUCUGUGAUGUUUGUGCAAAUAGGCUGAUAUGAUAAGUGAUUCAUUGUGCGUUUUAUUAGUUGUGUUUACGUUUCUUAUGCAAAGAUCUUUCUCAAGUGAUUGAAGUGCAUAAGCAGUAAAAUGGCGAGUGAAUCUUGCUAUGAAAAUCUGUUGUCACAAACUGAGUGCCAACACAUCGUUGAAAAUGCUCUGGAGGGUGCGAUUCUUACUAAGUAUGAAAUAGUCCCAGCAUCAAGUGAUACCAUUGGUUACUUGGGAGAUUAUUAUAAAUUGAAAACGACCGUUUUGUUGAAUGGGACUGAUUCAAGGGAUAUAUCAUUUUUCGUCAAAUCUUUGCCACUCCGAAAUGAGGUGCACAAAGCUGUCAUCAGAAGGCUUCAAUUUAUGGACAAAGAAACUACGCUAUAUAAUCUAUUCCACAAGAUGAAAAAAUAUUCAAAUUACAAAUGGCAUCCGGAAGUCUACCUUUGCAGGGAAGAUGUUUUGGUGCUAGAGGAUCUUAUUCAGUCCAACUAUAAACACCAUAAAUUCAAUCUAAACUUGCCGGAUGUCCUUGUUUGGCCAGCUUUAAAGUGUCUGGCUGCAAUGCAUGCCAACAGUAUAGUGUAUGAAGUGAAAACUGACACCAACAUAGGCGCGGACUAUGUUCAUCUUUUCAACCGAACCAUUACUAAAGGAAACACUUGGGUGAAUAGCGGAUUAAAGUCCAUCUACACUCUUGCAAGGAUGCAUCCGAAAUUCCAAACAAUCGAAUACCAACAUUUCAUUACCAAUAGCCUUGCAACUGAAGUGGAGAAAGUUCAUCAGCUAGGAAGGAUCUCAGAACAAUAUCGCAAUACGUUAUGUCAUCGUGAUCUUUGGGAAAACAAUAUGAUGUUCCGGGAUGACGUGGCCGGAUUCCAUUGCAUAUUAGUCGACUUCCAAGUUACCCGAUAUAUCCCACCGAGUAUUGAUAUUGGAUUGUUCCUUCAUAUGAACACGGACAGAACUAAUAGGAAGGAGAACUUGACUAGAUAUUUUAACUAUUACUUUGACUGUUUGACGAAAUUCACCGCAGAAAUGGGCGUCAAUAUAAACGAUCAACUUCCACGAGUGGAAUUCGAUAAAACCUAUGAAGAAUUCAAGUUGAUACCAUUAGUGUUGACUUGUGUAUAUGCUCCUAUAGUCUAUUUGCCGGAUUUCAAAAUUUUAAAUAGGAUUAAUAAGGAAGACCCAGUUAAAUUCCAACAUAUCAUGAAUGGAGACAGAAGCGACUUCACGAUUGAACACAUCAAUAAAUUUAAGGACUAUGGAGAUCGAGUGAUGGAGGCUGUGGAAGAGCUAACUGAAUACUUGUUCGAAAAUAGGGAACAAUAGUUAUGGUUUUGCAUUCAUUUGAGACAUUUUGAAGAUAUGUGUAAUGUUAUAAAUGAAUGUUGUAUGAAGACUAGUCUCAAAUUCCUCUCUUCUAUAUAUAUUUGUCAUAGAUUACACGAACGGAGGAUUUAAUAUAGAGUGAGUAGGAAAACUAACGGAUUG